AUGAUUCUAAUAAUUAUCGGAACAAUUUCUACUAUAACUAUAUUCACAUUAUUUUUCUGCACUUCGGGAAAACAAAUGACAGCGAAUGGAAAAAAAGAAAAAGUAAUCAAAAAGAAAGGAAAAAAAGCGUCGAAGAAAACACCAGUUAGAUCACCAUCACCGGUGAAAUCUAGAGAAAAAUCGAAGGAAAAUACAAGAUCAAGAUCGAAAGAAUCGACAUCAGCUGGAAGUAAAAAUACCGAAAAUUCGGAGAAAGAAAAAAUGAAGAAGUCGAAAGCGAAAGCGGUGAAAUCAACUGAAGACGAAGCCGAAAGUCAAUUCAUAGUUAAUAUCAAACCGAAAGAAAUGGAAGAACCAAAAACAGAUUUGGAUUCGCAUGAAGAUGAUGGGCCAAGUUCAACGACGAAUAGAACAACAUCAAUGGAGCCGACUUAUAAUAAACCACCGUCGAAGAUAAAACCCGUUGAAAAUACGGUGAUUGAUAAAUCUGCUCAAAAAAGAAAUGCUCCAAGUCAUGGUAAGGGGGAAUGUAGUACAUAUGUUGAUUUUUCUGUAUCAAAUUUUUUUUCUAGAAAUUUGCCGUGUUCAACAUUCACCAAAAAAUAAUAACAAAAAAGAGUCAAUCAGAAUGUAUGUUUGA